ACAUGUGGAUUUCAUUUUUCUAUCCAAUUUCCAAUUUAUUAUUAUUACUAUUUGGAUUGUUAUUUGCUUUUUUGCUGAAACUAAUUCUUCCUCAGAAAACAUUUCAGGCCAGCCAAUAAAAUGGCUGCAAAUAAUUGCAAAAAUUUAUCCUCAUCUAAUUCCGAUAAUGUGGUUAUUUCAUCAAAUUCGAAAACGAUGCAUAAAUUCGGCCAUCGUAAUUCGAUGAAUCAUCCUACAACUCGUUUGAUUCGUUCUUUUGCAUUAUUCGAUAAUCGAGAUUUUCUUCCGCGUCCCUUUCAGAUUGAAUUAUAUGAAGCAUGCAAGAAUCGCGACACAAUUGUUUUUCUUCGUCCAGGUCAAGGAAGAUAUUUCAUUUCGGUAAUGCUGGUUAAAUAUUUCAAUCCACAUCUAUCACCUUCCGAUACUGACUCCAAAACUCUUAAGAAGAUAUUUUUCCUGGCUAAGUCGCCAAGUUCCAUAAAACUUUAUUCAUCCGUUUUCAAUGCCCAUUGUAAUCUUCGCAUUGGUGAAUACCUAGAAACUGAAGAUGCUAAACAAUGGUCUUGUGAUAUUUGGCGUGAUAAACUUCAAUCAUAUGAUAUUCAUUUAAUGAUGGACGAUCUUUUCGAAUAUCUAAUCGAACAGGAAUUGAUUAAUGCGAAAGAUUUAAAUCUUUUAAUUUUGAAUGAUGUUCAUAAAAUUUUACUCUGUACAUCUUCAACCGACGAUUGCUAUACAAGAAUAAUUAGACGACUGCGUUCCCAGACUAACGAAAAACAAUAUAGGAUUCUCGGACUUUCUGCUUCAAUACUUUUGGAAGACGUUUCCUCCAAUGUUUUUGAAAAAAUGAUUGAACAAAUCGAAAAUCUCGGAUGUUCAUGUGAAACUUAUGCCGAUCUUCGAAUGAUCAGCAAAUAUUCGAUUCAAUGUCGUAUAAAGCUUCGAUGUUAUCCAUCAUUAUUGGCCUCUAAAGAAAAAUCGGACAUUAUUCAUGAUGAAACAAAAUAUCGUAUGGCUCUGUUUAUGAUCCGAAAUUAUUCUGGGCAAUUUUUUAAUUUUAUAACAAACGUUUCGUUAGAUGGAGGCAUCACCACUGAACAACUUAUCAAUCAUGAAACUAUUGCCAAAAUGAUUGUUGAUAUUCUCUAUAUUUUUGGAACGCUUGGUGAAUGGUGUGCCCUAAAGUUAAUCCAGAUGGUAAAUCGUGAAUUAUAUGAUACUAUCCUACUUUUGGCCAAAACAAGAUCAAAUUAUCUUCGACUUUUGAAUGCUGCUCAUUCAACAUUAUGUUUGAUUCGUAAAUCAAUAUUAUCGUACAUGGACGCAGGCAUUGUGGCGAAAUUAGAAACUUCAUCAAUGACUAGUGAAUCGGAAUCGCGAUUGACAUUAUCACAGUUUCUUUCAAUUUCUGCACCAAAACUUCACCUUUUAGCCCAUGUAUUAUUCGAAUAUUUCGAAGAAUUGACUAGUCCGUCGACUCAUCAAACAUCACAUUCUUCAUUUACGUUCCCAUCCAAUAUAUGUUCUUUAAUUUAUGUCGAAAACCGUUCAAUGGCCCUCGUCUUGGAUGAAUGGUUACGAGAAUUGGUUGCCAUCACUCGUGAUGUCAAUUCUGGAAAGAUAAGCAUUCUCGAGUUUCUUUUGCCAGAUCACGUGUUCUUGGCUGAAGAUGACGGAAAGAAUGAAUUGAAAAAUUUUUACUAUCGAAAGCAUCAAAAAUCUUUGCAUGAGAUUUUCUAUUAUAGACAACAAGAAGAAACGCUCCGAAGAUUUCGUUUAGCUCAACAAUGUAAUCUUUUGAUAACCACAUCAAUGUCUGCAGAAGGUCUUGAUGUGAAUCGUUGCAAUAUGGUCAUCUGUUUUGAUCCACCGAAAACAUUUCAUCAAUUUAUUCAAUCUAAAGGACGAGUUCGUGUUGAGUGCGGACAAUUUUUGGUUUUGGUAGAAAAAAGUGACCAUAAGGAAUAUGUCGAAAAAUUUCUUCAAUUUUGUAACAUUGAGAGAAUUUUCACCAAAUUAGUUCCAUUGAACAAUCAAGUAUUCAUUGAAAAUGAACCAAGCAAAUUUGAUUUAAUGGCCUUGGCAUCUAUGCAUUUCAUUAAACCACCACAAUCAAAACCAUCUCUGCCAGUUUCAAUGAUACAUAAACCAAGAAAGUUCGAUAAACAGAUCAAUCAAUCUGUAAAUGCAACUUUACAACUCACAUUAGAAAAUGCUAUAUCCAUUUUAAACCGCUAUUGCAACAAGUUACCGAGUGAUACAUUUACUAAACUGGUUCCGAAUUACAAAAUUGAAAUCGUUCAUUCACAAGCUGAAUCCAGUGAAAAUAGCAACGAAGUUGUUCCUAAAUAUCGCUGUCGACUCUAUCUUCCUAUAAAUUCUACAUAUCGAGAUGAAAUUAUGGGGGAAAUUCAGCCAACACAAUCAUUGGCCAAACAAUCGGUAGCAUUCGAAGCGGUUAAAACAUUGAGAGAAAUAGGAGAAUUGGAUCAGAAUUUCUAUCCUGUCGGAAAGGAAACAAGUCGAUAUAUAGAAAAACUUGGUCUUCAAGAUUGUUUUAUCAGUGUCCCCAAGGGUAAUCAAGUGUUGCAACAACAACAUCAUCAUAGUCACGGUCCUUAUCAUCAGAAAGGAAAUCGCUACAAUCGAAUUCAAAACCGUAAUAUAGCAUCAAAACGUCGUCAAUAUUAUAAUAAAAAAGUUGCCGAUUCUAUUCGUGGAAACAUCUUUCGACAUGACGAAUCCACUAAUCAUUAUUAUUUUCAGUAUUUAUAUGAAUUUCAGAUGAAAUUAACAUAUCGAUUAUCCGAAGAACACAAUACUAGAGGACGCCGCAUUAUUGAUCCGGCUGAAACUACACGAACAUUUGGAAUAAUUUCGCCAAAUAGUUUGCCAACAAUUUGUGAUUUCACCAUCUAUAAUCGAUCGGGAGAAAUCACCAUAUCGAUCGUGCCUAUAAUAAUCACUGAUUCUGAAAAUGGUUAUGAAAUUACCGACGAAAAACGUCAGCAAAUUGAAAAUUUCCACCAAUAUACAUUUGAAAAUGUUUUACCAUUAGGAAAAUCUUCACUUCGUUUCGAUCGUCAAAAUGGUUCAAAUGGAAAUUAUCUCAUUGUUCCAAUCAAUUUCAACGCCGAACAGGAUAAUCAAAAGACGAUUGAUUGGGAAUUCUUAGAAUUAAUUUGGCACCACAAAAAUGAUCCCAAAUCAUAUGACCAAGGUAUACUUCGUCAGGAUGAUGAGAAUAAAUUUAUUUUUGACGAACAACUUUAUCGAGAUGCAGUCGUCAUUCCAAAAUAUCGAAAAGAUAAACUUCAAGCAUUCUAUUAUGUUGCGGAAAUUUGUCAUUAUCUUACGCCACAAAGUCCAUUUCCAGAUCAUGAGUAUCAAACUUUUGAAAAGUACUAUAAUCAAAAAUAUGGCAAACAAAUUACCAAUCUUCAGCAACCAUUGCUUGAUGUUGACCACACAUCAGCACGUUUAAACCUGUUGACCCCUCGUUUUUUAAAUCGUAGAGGUAUUCAUCUAUCAUCAAUAAAAUCCUCCGACCAUCAAUCAAAAAGAAAUCCUCAACAAAAACAAAUUCUUGUACCUGAGCUAUGUUUUAUUCAUCCAUUUCCAGCAUCAUUUUGGCGUAAAGCAGUCUGUUUACCUUGCAUUUUGUAUCGCUUAAAUUUGCUAUUGAUUGCUGAAGAAUUGCGUUUCAAAAUAGCUAAAGAAGCUAAAAUUGGUGUUGUUGAAUUACAACAAGAAAAAAAAUGGCCCAAGUUAGAUUUUGGAUGGUCUGUUCUAGUAGAGCAAUCGCGCCAACAGACGAAAAUAGAACACGAACAAAAUCAAUUCGAUCCAAUAGUAUCAAAUGAAAAACAAAAAGUCAUUUCUGUAUCCAAUCCAGACGAUGAUUUUAUCAUCGAUACUUUUGAUCCAUCAAUGGCUCCACCACCUUCCAAUGAUCUUUUUACCACAAUUGAAAAUCAAAAUUGCUCAUCCUAUCCUGCUGAGACAAUCAAUAAUAAUUUUAUUAAUUAUGAUUCAUGCAGUAGUGAUAUAAUUCCACAAAUUGAAAUUAUCAGUGGUCCGUUUGGCUAUUCUGAUAAAAGUUAUUCUAGUCAAAGACCGAUUUUGCCCGAGAAUUUUAUGGAUGAUGAUUUUGAAGAAGAGAGUGCUAUAGUUGAAGUUGACAAUGAAAAUAAUCCAAUCGUCGAACCAGCUAAAACAUUGCCUGUUCGUGCUGGUUCACCAACAUAUUGGGAAGAUCAAGAAAAUUUUGAUUCAAAUAUAAAAUCAAAAUUUGGGCCAAAUUUUGAUUGGAGAGUUUAUGAAUCAGAUGGAAAUGAUGAUGAUUCUAAUAGCGAUGAAUUCAAAACAUCUAAUACCGAAUUUCGGUUUGAUUUUGAGAAAUUCUGCGAAGAUAUUCAACAUUAUUCCAAAAUGCCAGGAUUAGCUGAUGACAUCCAAGAUAAUGAACGUGAUUUUGACGAAUGUGAUGAUUCCAGAUGCACGGAGAAUAUGGAAAUGAGUUCAUCAAAGAGAAAAAGUACUAAGACCAACAAUAGAAAGCAGAAGCCAAUGAUAACAUCGCUAUCAGAUUUGGACGAUGAUGAUGAAAGUGAUGAACAAAUCGAUGAUGGUUCCUAUUCAGAUUUUGAUCUCAAUGAUUCUAGCGACGAUUAUGAGGAAGAUGAAUUAGUUGAUUCUAAUUUUGAUGAUGAAGAUUCAUUCGAUGACGAUGAGGACGAUGAUUAUGAUGAUGAAGGAGGCGAUGAUGAUAAUUUUACAAAUAGAUAUUCCAGAUGCAAAAAUCGGAAAACAAAGACAGCUAUGGAUUUAAAAAUUCAAAACUUAACACAAACAAUGGAUGCAUAUCAAACAAAAUCGGUCAUUUAUGAUAUAUUGAAAAUUGAAUUACUAUAUGAUUCUCGACAGAUUGAGCAGAAAAGUCUAAAAUAUUAUUAUCGUCACCGAUUCUCAUUAGCUGAACAACAUACCGAACAUUUGCGUAAACGAAAAAUUUUCGAUGAAAUGUACUAUGAUGAACAAAACCAAGUGCUACAAUGUGUCGCCAGAAUUCAAAAUAAACAAAUGGCCGAUUCGAAACAUGAAAGUGAUUCUGUUUUCUGUGAUCCUGAAUAUGAUUUAAUUGAAAAUGACAAAAAUUUAAAUCAUAUGAACCUCAAUCAACCAUUAGUGUCAGUUUUAAUGAAAAAAAUCGAUACAAGUUUGUUGGAAAUGAUGAAAAUUAAACAUGAGAUUGAAGAUCAAAAAAUUGAUCAACAAGUACAAAACCGAAGCCAAUUCGUAAAUUUUCCAGAGAAGAAUUCAUCAUCUACAAAAAUUGAAGUCAAAUUCGGUGAAUUAUUGCCAAAUAGAGAUGAAAAUCUGACCGAAUUUACUUCAAAUGAUAAAAAUCCGAUUGAUCUGUUUCAAGUUCAGCGACAAUUAGCUUUACAAACAUUACCACGAUGGCUUCAAAUGGAAAAUACUUCCGACGAUCAGCUGCAGAUAGGACCACAUCCAAGCUUGAUAUUGCAAGCAAUCACAAUGUCCAAUUCAAGCGAUGGCAUUAAUCUUGAACGUUUGGAAACUGUGGGCGAUUCAUUUUUAAAGUAUUCAAUAACGGCAUUUUUAUUCUGUAUGUGUCCUGAAUUGAAUGAAGGGAAAUUGUCAUUUUUGCGUAGCAGACAGAUAUCAAAUAUAAAUCUACAUCGUUUAGGACAGCGAAUAAAUCUUGGUGAAUUAAUGAUUGCUUCGAAAUUCGAACCAGUCGAUAAUUGGUGUCCACCUUCCUAUCAGGCUUUAGAAAAUGUCGAACAAGAAUCAUCGGAUAAUGUUAAAACAACAUCGAAUAAAGUGCCAUAUAAUUUACUGACUCAACAUUCAAUUCCGAAUAAAUCCAUUGCCGAUUGUGUUGAAGCGUUGAUCGGAACAUAUCUAAUUUCUUCUGGAUCUCAGGGCGCUAUUCAAUUCAUGGAUUGGCUUGGACUCAAAGUACUACCGAAGGGAAUGAAAAUAAUAACCAAAAAUUUGCCCUACGAAUCUUCUGCAGAAAAUAAAGAUGAAUCUUAUCAAAAACAUGAACGAUGGCUACCACAACCUCGAUCACCAUUGAUCAUUCCCAAACAUCUGCGAACUGAUGCAGCUAAAGUAAAAGAAAUUGAGGACAAACUUCAAGAAAAUUAUUUUAAACAUCAUCUCGAUCGUUUUGAAAAAAUUAUUGGCUAUCAAUUCCGGGAUCGUGCUUAUUUAGUGCAAGCAUUCACACACAAUUCUUAUUAUGAAAACACAGUGACCGAUUGCUAUCAACGAUUAGAGUUUCUUGGUGAUGCUGUUCUUGAUUAUCUUAUAACAAGAUAUCUUUAUGAAGAUUCUCGAUGUCAUUCGCCUGGUACUUUGACCGAUCUUCGUUCAGCAUUAGUUAAUAACACCUUUUUUGCUGCAUUGGCUGUCAAGUAUAAUUUUCAUAAAUAUCUCAUGAUGCUUUCUUCCGAGCUUUAUCGAGUUAUUGAUGGUUUUGUUCGCAAAUUUAACAUCUAUUAUAAUCAAAAUGUUGCCAAUGGUGAAUCCAAAAAGAUUCUCAGUGCCAUAAGCGAUUUUCAGCAAGGCAACGAAGAUGAACAUAUGGAUGAAAAUUCUUAUUCAAAUUAUAAUUAUUGGGAAUUGUUCGUUAGCGAAAACGAAGCGGAACACUUGGAGGAUAUUGAAGUUCCAAAAGCUUUAGGAGAUAUUUUCGAAUCGGUUGCUGGUGCAAUUUAUUUGGAUUCUGGUAUGAGUUUGGAGGCUGUUUGGAAAGCCUAUUAUCCGAUGAUGAAACCUGAGAUAGAAAAUUUCAGUGAAAAGGUACCGAAAAGUCCGAUAAGAGUAUUAUUGGAGAAACAGCCACAAAGUGUCAAAUUUGGAAAACCUGAAAUCAAUUCUGGGCGCCGUAUUCGUGUUACUGUUGAAGUAUUUGGUUUGGGUAAAUUUGUUGGAAUUGGCCGCAAUAAACGAAUAGCCAAAUGUACGGCUGCAAAACGAGCUUUGCGUGCACUUGAAAGUGAAAAACGUCGCAAAGAAUUGGAACGACAACGACGACUACAAGAUGAAUUUGAUAAUUUUUCUCAUUAAGAAUCAUGUUAAUGUUUGUGAUAAAAUUGCCUUAUCCAUUUAUCAUUUUUAACAAAAAUAAAUUGAAAAUCAUAAUUUAA